AUGUCUGACCGUUAUAGUUUCUCUUUAACGACCUUUUCACCUUCAGGAAAACUUGUUCAAAUCGAAUACGCCUUGAAUGCAGUCGCUCAAGGAGUAACAAGCAUUGGUAUCAAAGCAACCAACGGUAUUGUCAUUGCGACCGAGAAGAAAACUGCAUCUCCGCUUAUUGAUGACACGUCUCUCGAAAAAGUCGCAAAUGUUUGUCCAAAUAUUGGAAUAGUUUACUCUGGAAUGGGUCCUGAUUUUAGGGUCUUGUUAGCAAAGGCAAGAAAGGCCGCACAAAAAUAUAAGAGAAUUUACAAUGAAUAUCCAACAACAGGAAUAUUGGUCAAAGAUGUUGCCAGCGUCAUGCAGGAAUUUACCCAGAGUGGAGGUGUUCGACCAUUUGGUGUUUCCCUUUUGAUCGCGGGUUAUGAUGAAACUGGACCAGUUUUGUAUCAAGUUGAUCCGUCAGGAUCAUAUUGGGCGUGGAAAGCAUCCGCGAUCGGGAAGAAUAUGAUUAACGCCAAAACUUUUCUGGAAAAACGAUAUAACGACGACAUUGAACUUGAGGACGCUGUUCAUACUUCCAUUCUUACCCUAAAAGAGGGUUUUGAAGGACAGAUGACUGAGCAUUCAAUCGAGAUUGGUAUCAUUGGUGGUGGAACCACUGGAUUUACAGAAGGAAAAGAACAACCUUUAUUUAGAAAGCUAAGUCCUUCAGAAGUUAGAGACUAUUUGGCAAACAUUUCCUAG